CACCAGAAGAAAAUUAAAUCAAAGAUGCAAUCGAAGUGCAGAUUUCAAGCUUUACUUCAAGGGGUUGAAAAAUUAUAACAUAACAACCAUUUUAUUAGAUAGACUUGCAGAAUAUUCCAGUGCAUUCUUUUCUUCGCAGAAUUCCAUAACUGUUGAUUUGACCACUGCUAGUUAUCUGCUAUCUCUCUGAUGGAUUUGUUUUGUUUUUGAAGCCUAAGAAUUGUCUGUUUCAUCUGCAUGGAGAGCUCUUUUGACUGGAUGAGGUGGAUUCACAGCAACAGCUUCCAAAUGCAAAUGGCAUACUUAGAAUCAGCUCCAGAUUAACUGAUGUGUAUAUAACAAAGGAAUAGCCCAUAUCGGAAAUCUCCAUGGAAUUGCUUCUGAGUCAGCUGUCUAAUUACUUAUGGUCCCUUGAAAAAGGGGAGGUCCUCCUGAGUAUGUGGAAUGGCAAUCUCUAUUGCAGUCCUAGACUGUGACCUGCUGCUGCAUGGCCGUGGGCACAAAACACUUGAUCGAUUUGAUAUUGAGACGGUUUCAGAUGAAUUUCUGCUGACAACAUUCGGCUUCCCACGUGAGUUCAUUUAUUACCUGGUGGAACUGCUAAAAGACAGUUUGUUGAGACGCACACAGAGGUCCAGAGCCAUCAGCCCAGAUGUUCAGAUACUCGCAGCCUUGGGAUUCUACUCAACCGGGUCGUUCCAGAGUAAGAUGGGAGAUGCGAUCGGCAUCAGCCAGGCCUCCAUGAGCCGUUGUGUAUCUAACGUCACUAAAGCUCUGAUUGAGAAAGCACCAGAGUUUAUCGGAUUCACCAGGGAUGAGGCCACCAGGCAGCAGUCUAAAGAGGAGUUUUACAGAAUAGCAGGAAUUCCUAAUGUCUUGGGAGUAGUGGACUGCGCACAUAUAGCCAUUAAAGCUCCCAAUGCAGAUGACUCUUCGUAUGUCAAUAAAAAAGGAUUUCACUCAAUCAAUUGCCAGUUAGUGUGUGAUGCCAGAGGACUUCUGCUGAGCGCUGAGACACAUUGGCCAGGUAGUCUGACAGAUAGAACCGUCUUCAAGCAAUCCAGUGUGGCAAAGCUGUUUGAAGAGCAAGAAAUUGAUGAAGGUUGGCUUUUAGGUGACAAUCGGUACCCUCUAAAAAAGUGGCUGAUGACUCCAGUGCAGAAUCCAGAGUCCCCUGCUGACUACCGCUAUAACCUGGCUCACACAACGACGCACGAGAUUGUGGACCGCACAUUCAGAGCCAUUCAGACACGUUUCCGGUGCCUGGAUGGGGCAAAAGGUUAUCUGCAGUAUUCCCCAGAGAAAUGCUCACAUAUCAUCCAGGCCUGCUGUGUGCUACAUAACAUUUCUCUGCAGUCUGGCCUUGAUGCCUGGACUUUUGAGAGGACUGAGGCCACAGACCAAUCAGGGGAGGAUAUUGAUCCCACUGACACUGUCGACUCAGAGGCUCUCAGAGUUCAGCAGGAGCUCAUCCAAAAUCAUUUCAGCUAGGAUGGAUUUUUUUUGAGAUAUACAUGCUAAUGGUCUUCCUUUAUGCUAACACGUUGUUAAGAAAUAUUGCACAAAAAUUGCUUAAUCAUAAUUUGAUCAUUUACUCAACCUCAAGUCAUUCUCAGAAGACCCAGACGGCUAUAUUUCCUCUGUGGAAAAGAUCGUACUUUAAAGAAUAUUUUGGACACCACCGAUUUCAUUGUAAAGUAAAUAAAUUAAUAAAUAAAAUCAAUUAGAUGUUUUUCUCAAAAUAUAUUUGUUCCACAGAAAAAAAAGGUUUAAAAUGACUAAGUGAAUAAUGAUGGUGAUUUAUAUUUGUGUGAAUUUGAUGUUUGUCGCUAUUUAUUGGUCAUUUACUGCAUUAACAUUUACUUUAGAAAAAUAGUUUAGGAAUUAAAUUUGAAAAUAGACAGGGUCUUUUAUUACAAGUUACUGUCAUUUUAAUUUCGUUUUUUAAAAGUGUUUUACUGAAAACUGAUAGACCUGUGAAAUUAUUUAAUCAAUAAAUCACACCUGAAAAUGA